CGCAGUUUGUGUUUUAUUGGCAACUGGCAGUUCGUGGAUUGAAAGUGUAGUGGACGUUUUUGUUCUGAGAACUGUUCGAAUUUUAUUGAAUUUGUGAAAACUGUGACUCAUUCGCCAAUCUCCUCUAUAAACUGUAAUGCGAUAGAGAAUCAUUGAAGUUAGCUUCGGAACAUUAUCAUGAAAAUGGUUUUAUCUCAACGCCAGCGAGAAGAGCUUAAUAAAGCCAUCGCUGAUUACCUCAGCAGUAAUGGAUACAGGGACGCGCUCGAGGCUUUCAAGAAGGAGGCCGACAUGCCGGGAGAGGUGGAGAGAAAAUUCGGAGGUCUUUUGGAAAAAAAGUGGACAUCCGUCAUCAGGCUACAGAAAAAAGUGAUGGAACUCGAGUCGAAAUUAAACGAAGCCGAAAAAGAAUACAUCGAAGGAGCACCGACGAGGGGAAAACGUUGCCCUUCGGAAUGGAUACCGAGACCGCCGGAAAAGUUCUCUUUGACUGGCCACAGGGCGCCAGUUACCAGAGUAAUUUUCCACCCAGUGUUCAGCCUAAUGGUAUCGGCCAGUGAGGACGCUACCCUAAAAGUUUGGGACUUUGAAACAGGAGAAUAUGAACGCACCUUGAAAGGUCACACAGACUCCAUUCAAGAUAUAGCAUUCGAUGCAUCCGGAAAACUUCUAGUCUCUUGUAGUGCAGACAUGAGCAUAAAACUUUGGGAUUUCCAACAGACUUAUGACUGUAUACGGACCAUGCUGGGCCAUGAUCACAAUGUUUCUGGUGUGUCGUUUAUGCCAGCGGGAGAUUUCGUUAUAUCUUCGAGUAGAGACAAGACCAUCAAAAUGUGGGAGGUCUCGACAGGGUACUGUGUCAAAACGUAUGUUGGACAUAGAGACUGGGUUAGAAUGGUGAGAGCCUCACCAGAUGGCACGUUAUUGGCGAGCUGUUCUAAUGAUCAGACAGUGAGAGUGUGGGUAGUUUCGUCAAAAGAAUGCAGAUCAGAAUUGAGGGCACAUGAUCAUGUUGUCGAGUGUAUAUCUUGGGCCCCUGAUUCGGCAGCUAAUGCUAUAAAUGAAGCUGCAGGCGUAGAUAAUAAAAAGGGUGCUCACAUGGGACCUUUCCUUGCAUCCGGAUCUAGAGAUAAGACUAUUAGGAUAUGGGAUGUGGGAGCUGGAGUAGCUUUAUUUGUUCUCGUAGCGCACGACAAUUGGGUUCGAGGACUUGUAUUCCAUCCUGGCGGCAAAUUUUUGGUUUCGGCCAGUGACGAUAAAACCUUGCGAGUAUGGGAUUUGAGAAAUAAACGUUGUAUGAAAACUCUGGAGGCACACAAACAUUUUUGCACAUCCUUAGAUUUCCAUAAGUCUCAUCCUUACAUCAUCUCUGGCAGUGUGGAUCAGACUGUCAAAGUGUGGGAGUGUCGCUAAACGAAGAGUAACAAACCUCAAUAUUCCAUGCGGGUCAGAACUGUCUGUUCUGAGUUACUGGGAAAUCUGCGAUUCUUUUGCAAUCAAUCGAUGUGCAUAGUUGAUCUUUAACUUAAAUGAAAAUUAUAGUUUUUGUGCUUGGCUGAAAAGAUUGUAUGGAAACCAUUAUAUUGUAAUUGUGUUCGGAAAAUAUCCAGCCAAGUACAUUCCAAUCCAUUUAAAUAGUUUAUUUAAUAAAGUUAUUUAACACAAUUUAUUUAAGAAAUAACGUAUAUUUUUUUGUUAAUUUAAAAAACGAGCACUCUAGGAGUUUCACGUUUAGUUUUUACUUUGUUGAAUAUGUUUUAUAGAAACCGAAUGCGGUAUUUGUAUAACUUUUAUGUUUCCAUGUGAUAUUCCGGUGAAAUUUUUAGAGUGAAACCACAUCAAUAAACAAUUAGAUGCUUCAUAACAUAGAUUCCAAAGCAUAGCCGAAAAAAGUUGGAGUUCCGUUAUUAUUAGUGUUUUUGUUUCCUUUCCUCGAUGAGUCUUGAGGUUCACAGUUGACUUGGAAACAUUUUUCGCCAGUGCAUCAAUUCUAAAAGGAGACGUUGGUAAAGUGACACAAUAUCUUGAAAGCUUUCAACUGUCAUGACAGCGUUUGAAAAAGUUCAAUCUAGACACUUAGAACAUCUGAACUGUUAUCAUAACAAUUGAAAUUACAUGCUGAUUCAUAGAACACGGAAUUGUUCAGUGAUUCUAAAUGAUUCAUAUCAUGGCGGUUACAUAAUUUCCCGGUGUUGAUUCUUGAAAAACUCGCUUUAUUGAUUGCGGCAACAGAAAAUGAUUUUUUUAAUAUAAAUAUUGAAAUUCUGCUAUUGAGUUGAUGGACAAGGUGUGAGGAACCUCGUGUAAUUGACAUUGAUAAUUAUAUUUCAUAAGCGGAGAAUUGGUUGUCUUAGUUUUUAUGAGGCUAUUAUUAAAAUAAUUCCGACGACGAAAAGACCUGAACGAUCACAACUGGUGAGUCUCUGAUUUGAAGUUAUUCUCACUAGUUUUCGGGUAGAUUUCUCCAUAAGUAGAUAAACUAUUUCUAAGUAGCUUAUGCACAGCUAAAUAAAGUAGCAACAGCUGAUUUUAUUUUGUUGAUAUUUGUUGUUUAAUAUUCCAAAUUUUGUGUAUAUAAGGUGUUUCUUGGUAAGUUUUCUCAAUACUCGCGUUGUAUUUCCGUUCCAAUUCUUUUAUUUUAUGAUUGAAUAAAUAUUUGAAAGGUUUUUUUAUUAGUUUCUUUCCCGGUUGAUUUCGUGGCUGGUUUUGAUGUUUCAGUAGGUUUUAUCCUCUAAUUGGAUAAACCAUGUUGCAUAUAAAUAAACAUAAAAUAUACGAAUAGAGGAACAUGACUAACAGGUCGACAUUUUUACAUAUCAACGUCAUCUGUCGAGAUAAUUGUAAAAGAUAUGCAACAUACCAAGUUAUUUUUUAAUAUUCCAUCCUAGGGGAUACUAAAGAAUACAUAAUAAGAAAAAGUUUUCAAAUUAUUGAACAUACUGAUGAAAUGCUGUAUGAAAUAUAUAAGGAAGUAAUCUUUUGUUCAAUAUUCUUCUCAAUCAUAGAACUAAAUUUCAGACUUUAUUUCUCUGUUUUCAACACACAAAGUACUGUAGUCCGUAAUGAUAGCAAGAACGGAACAUGACGCAUAGCCCCAUAAUGUGGACAAAUGAAAUGUCUUACGAAUUUGCAGUUAUAUGUGAAAAUGGCGGCUCCUCUAUCUCCCUCUACUCUUCAUCUACUCAGAAGGAUGUCUUUUACUCAGACAACACCAGGACAUAUGAUGAAUAUUCAUUAAUAGUCCAAUUUAUGUCCAAAGGAUACCUUAGGGAUAUUCAUUACAAGUUCACUGAGGAAUAUGUUAUGAACAUCCAUUUCAUGUCUGAAUAUAUUCCUACCUGAAUUGAAUAUCUACAGGAUAUCCAGUGUUGUCUGGCUAGCAGUGGUAUUCUUCUAGGUAUUACUGCCUUGUGACCAACUUGUUUUUUUAAAGUUUGAAUUAACUGUACUCGGUCAUUUCUUACUUUCUCAGGCGGUGUUUUCCUAACAUACAUAACAUGGCAAAAAUUGAAAAAAAACAUCACUCAAGAUAAUUUUGAGUCGGUGGUUAAAGAUUUGAAAAGGUUCUGCAAGAACCAGCUUUUACAUUUAAUUCAUUAUGAAAUUGAUUGAUAUAUUGGUUUACUGCUUGCUUGGUACUGCAUGGUGCACAACUUUUCAUGUAUUCUUAUGUAUUUGACAUGCAUAUACAUAUAUUAUCGAUUAUCGUAUUCAAGUAGAAUUGUGAAUAUUUCUUUUCUGUAUAUAAUUUCGAAAUAAAGUAUCUCCCAUCGAAAGCA